AUGGCAAGGGAACAAUAUGAGAACAGCCUCAUGAAGGCUGAAGACGGCACAGUACUGGGAGAGCAUUUAGCCCUAAAAGCCUUCAUCAGGAAUUCAGUGGGAAAGGGGAAGACAACACUAAAGGCCAACUUCAAGCCAAUUGCGCAAGUCACCGUCAAGUGCAUUAUUUGCCAUGAAGAUGCUCUGUCCCCGCUGCUGUUCAGCAUUGGCCUGAACCCCCUCAACCAGGUCAUUAACAAGACUGGAGCGUCCUCCUGGAAACCGUCGCCUCGAUUCAUCGGCCCCUAUACAUUGGACAGCCCCACAGCUGUCAAGCUUCGUUUACCUCCAGCCUUACAGAUUCAUUCUGUUUUUCACGUCUCCCACGUGAAACCGGUACUGUCUAGCCUCCUGUGCCCACCUCCUGACCCCCCACCUCCCACCUGGCUCAUCGACGGACACCCAGCCUUCACCAUCUGGCGUAUCCUGGAUGUGCAGCGGGGUCUCACCGCGGGGCGGAUUCUGGUCGGCCGCCAGGAGGCGUCCCAUGAGGGGGGGGGUACUGUCAUGAUCUGGCACCCCCAUCCGGACGCUGGACCUCCCGACAGUCUCACAGUUUUACUCACUCCACGGGCCUCCCUGCCUCCCUGCCUCAACGUCCGGAAUUUUGGAUUACUUACCACUCACCCGGACCACUCUCCCCUCCACGCUACCGAUCCACCCACGGCAAUGACUCUGACCCUUUCCCAGGACCCAGCCAUCCAGUCUGACUCUCCCUUUGGCCCAAACCACAGAACUGCAGUUUCCACAGUUGAAAAAUUACUGAUUGUUUACAUAGCUCAGGUCACAUAAG